CUCGAGCGAUUGCUCAUGUACCAGUGCAGAGGACACGCAAGCAAGGGACCUGAAUGAUUGCAGAGAGCUGUCUAGCUCCAGGACAGUAGCGCGAGUAGGCCCAUUCUGGGCGUACCGGGCUCAGUGUGUGCUGUCACGAUGCGCGCAGGGCUCACUUCUGGCGAGUGCCAGCCCGAUGGGGGCUUUUCCCCAGCGAGCUCAGUAACAAAGCGGCCGUCUGUGGAGUGGCUGCCGGGGCGCUGGUGGUGUCGAACGUCCACGCCCAUCGCCACGGAUGGUGAACGUGAAGAUUUCCAGCCUGGCAUCCGACCCUGCAUCCAGCCGGCCGUUGCCUGGAUGGCGCUCAGCGUCUUCCUCUUCUGGUGCACUUUUGUCGGUCCCGCGGCUUUCUGGCAGAGGGCCGUCCUCAGGGGGCACCAUGAAAAUGGCGACCUCUGGGUGACCACCUCGAUAGCCUUCAGGGGCCUCUUCGCGCAGCUCUCGACGCCUCUGCUCGGCGCCGCCUCCGACCGCUGGGGCCGAAGGCUGGCACAGGCGCUGCUGGUUGCCGCCUACUCGCUGUGGCCCCUCGCCAUCGCACCCUCUGCCGCGUGGUGCGUCGACCUGAGCGUCGUGCCGAUGGCUCUUGCCGGACUGGGGGGCUCGCACUUCUACGUGCCGUUCGCGUACUGCGCAAACCUCACACCCCAGAAAGAGGCGCACCGGCUGAGCGAGAUGAAGGGCGGACGGCCCGAGUAGGGUCUUCGCGGCGCUGGAGCUUCUCGGCACGUUCCCCGGCACGGAGCCGCCCACGAGGCCUGGGGAGCUCCUUCUGGGGGCGAACCUAGAGAUGACGGGGCCGACGGACAACUUGGGGAAUUCCGAUGCAGCAUCCAAGGCCAAGCCGGAUUAGUGGCCGUUGGCGGCCGCCGAGCUCUCGGAAUAACUGGGUCCACUCAAAAGGCGCUGGCCUGGAGCGGCUACCGCCUGAGAGGGGCCAGGAGGCGGACGACCCCGGCAACGUGAAUGCGACGGACUUCGACGAGUCUGUUGGGAUCCGCGUGGCGGCCGCGGACCUGAAGGAACACGUGCUCGACGAGACGGCGCUGGCCACCGAAGAGCGCCGCGAUUCGACCGCCGUGGGGGGGGCGGCCGCCUCGUGGUGACAGCCCCGCUCAGCGCGCCGCGUGCGAGGCCGCGCGGGCGGAGCUGGAGUGGCUGCGGCAGCGCCCCGGUAGGAGAGGGCAUCGGCGAGGGGGCGGCGGCCCGCUAGCGGCCUGGGAGGCGGCGCCCGCCGCGCGCUGCGUGCGUGACCGCUCGCGGAAUUCAAUCUCGUUCAGGAGCCGUCGACUGUGCGCCCUGGGUCGCGUGCUGGGCGGGGCUCGGCGACGGUCCCCGUGCAGGGGGGGUCUCCGAGCGACGGCUGGUGUGCCUGCGGGACAGUCUCGAUCCACCACCCUCCGGUGGGCCCCGCCACAGCGGGGGGGUGCCCCCUCAAUCCAUUCGGAGCCGUGAGGGAAGGGGGCCUCGAUCGCGGAGAGUCCUUUGGUGCCUGGAUUGGGCUUCGAGACCGCGCUUCUCGGCCCCCGCGCGCGUGUGAGCGGCGCGCAGCGAUGGCGAU